UGGUAGUAAAGCUAGAAUGCUCUCCUGGUUAUAGUUUAGUACCAAGUUCGCUUCGCAACAAAUAUAUCCAUUGCCAUGAUAACAAAAUGUGGGAUAACAAUCUGAUACCCAGUUGCACAAGACUCUGCAACUACACUGAGAUAGAAAAAUUAAAUGUAUUUAAAAUGCAAUGCAAGGGGCGUUCGCAACAAAAUUUUGAUUGUUCAGACGAGAAUUUACUAAUUCCUGGGACGACAGUGACUUUCGAUUGCCAGGCUGGGUUCGACAAUUAUCCACAAAAAUGGCCACAGUUGCAGUGCGAGGAAUCUGGAAUGUGGUCAGAAAUAAAAUAUUUAAUCGAGAAUCAGUAUAAUAUUUGUAAAUACCGCUGUAAUAACGAAUACAUGCUAGAAAGUGAAGAUAAAAUACCAAUAUCAACUCAUCCUAUAGAAAAGAAGGACAAAACAGAUUAUUAUUGGCUGGUGCCUAUUUAUAAAAAAAACUACACCACGUCCAAAUUGGAUUUUAUCUGCAAUGGAAACCUUAUUCGGCAGGACAUGGUGGUGACUGCGGCCCAUUGCAUUCAUGAAGUAAACGUAUCCUUCUUAAUUGUUGGCAAGGAACGAGAUGGCAAUUUGAUCCUUGAGAAUAUCAGUGACGAAAAUUUGGUUUCAAAAAAAGAAACACAUCCGUAA